UCGCUGCCACUUGUUUGGUACAUCGGUGAGACAUUGUUGAUGAGUGACCGCUCAUUGCUGCUGGACAAGAAUUCAUCCGUAUAAGAUGGCAAUAUCGGGUAUAUAUGUGUGUUCACCACACGACUAGUUGUUUGGUACACCCUUGGAGAAAUAACGUAUCCUCGUCAUCCACUACCAUGAAACUUGCCCUGCCAAUUCUUGCGGCUAUCGCUGCCUCUUCUGAGGCCGCUUUUUGUAAUGGAGGAUGGGGUUUACCGUCAGGGUCUUCAUGUCCGGGUCCCUAUAGCUGGUCCUUCUGCUGUCAAGAACCAGGAAGUCCAAAUCCGACUUUCCCUACAUUUAGGAAUUGUGUAUACCCUGGUAGGGGUGGACAGCCCGCCCUCGACUCUUGCAACGGUAGCGGAUUUAUCCAAUGCUGCACCAUUUGAGCAUUUGCGUACUACACGUUGAAUUAUCGUAGACGAAACUGUGGAUACCAGACUAGCAUUAC